AUGGAUGAGAAAUUUGGGGGAGAAAAUCGCACCCAGCAACAGAUGGAUGGUUUUAGGGGAAUAGUAAAUUAUUGUGGUUUCCAUGACUUGGGAUAUUCUAGUCCGGACUAUACAUGGAGCAAUAUGCAAGAGGGGGAGAAUAGAAUUUGCCUCAGAUUAGAUAGGGCAUUGGCUACCUCUGAGUGGUCAGCCAAAUUUGGAGGGAUGAAAAUGUACCAUUUAGUGGAUUCAGCUUUAGACCAUUGUGCAUUACUAGUCACAAACUCCAAAACUAGGCACCGGCCAAGGAUGGAAUUCUACGAUCUAUGGGCAAAUUCCAAAGAAAAUCCAGGAAAAAGAAAUGUGUUGAAUGCCCUAGCCAUGCAAGAAAAGGAUGAGGAUGUGAGUCUGAAGAUUAACAAGCUAAAGGGAAAGAUUAAUGAUCUCCUUGAUGAUGAGGAAUUUUAUUGGGGACAACGGGCAAAAGCCCACUGGCUUAAAGAGGGUGACAGAAACACUAAGUUUUUCCAUGCACAAGCUUUAGAAAUGAGAAAACAGAAUACUAUUGUGGGCAUUUGGGAUGAGCAGGGAAGAUGGUGUGAUGAAGAAGAAAGCAUUGCCCAAGCUGCCAUGUCUUAUUUUGACAACAUAUACAGCUCCUCCCACCCAAGCCAUAUUGAGGAAGUAAUUGAAGCAAUCUCUUCUAAGGUGAUAGAUGACAUGAAUGAAAGCCUAACAAGGGAAUUAACCAAUAAAAAAGUAGUAGUUGCACUAAAACAAAUCCACCCUAACAAGGCUCUAGGACUAGACGUUUAUAAGCUCAUUUCUAAAAUUCUUGCCAACCAUCUAAAAGCUCUCCUACCCCACAUUAUAUCAAAGAAUCAAAAUGCCUUCACCUCUGAUAGGCUCAUCACAGAUAAUGUGCUAGUGGCUUUCGAGUUGAUGCAUUAUUUAGAUCACAAAACAUUAGGGAAAGAGAGCUUUAUGGCCAUCAAACUUGACAUGAGUAAUGCAUUUGAUAGGGUUGAAUGGGGUUUCAUAUCUAAGGUUAUGGAAAAAAUGGGGUUUUGCAAUAGAUGGAUUAACUUGGUCAUGCAAUACAUCACAUCGGUAUCAUACUCUGUCCUCAUCAACAGUGUUGCUCACAAAACAUCUAUCCUUCGAGAGGUCUCCGCCAAGAAUUAUCCUCCUCUUGAAAGUUUUGAUCAUCCCCAAAUCAACACAAAACAUGUUUGGAAAAUCAAAAAUCAUGUUGGAACCAAUCCAAAUGGAACCAAGAAACAGGUCUCUUUGGCAAAAGCAGCUUUAAACUGGCAAGCAGCAAAUGAUGUGGCACAAAACCAAGUCCUUUCAAAGAUUCUUGAUGAUCAACAAAAGAUGGCUGAGGUUGUUACUCAUACCUUCUCAUCCUUAAAUUCUCUUAUUGAAGAUUUGAAGAAGAAAAUCAGGAUGGUUGAAUAG